AUGGCCACCAAAUCACUCCAAGUCAUCGCGCUGAUCUCAGGCGGCAAAGACAGCUUCUAUUCUGUUCUCCACUGCAUCCAGAAUGGGCACCAAGUCGUGGCCCUCGGUAACCUUUACCCGGCGCCUCCCGCGCCGUCCAGUGCCGCCGCCAAUCACUCAGCCGAAAGCGACGAUGAGCAUGACCUGAAUAGUUUCAUGUAUCAAACGGUUGGUCACACGGUGAUCCCGCUGUACGAACAGGCUCUGGGAAUCCCGCUGUAUCGCCAGCAGAUCAUUGGGAGUGCGGUACAGACGGGCAUCAGUUACGGGUUUGCCGAUGCUGGGCACGCUGGAAAGAGGGCUGAUGAAGAGGGAUCAGCGACGAGGGACGGCGAGGGUUUGGAGAGAGGAGAGGACGAGACGGAAUCGUUGGUGCCUCUCCUGACAAGGAUCAUGGCGGAGCAUCCUACGGCGAAUGCGCUCAGCACCGGUGCCAUCCUCUCGACGUACCAACGCACCCGUGUAGAAUCUGUGGCCUUGCGGCUGGGCCUCACGCCUCUGUCUUACUUAUGGCAGUACCCGGUCCUUCCGCCGGGAGCUCAGAUCUCGCUGCUGGAGGAUAUGCAAUCGGUGGGCCUGGACGCGCGAAUUGUCAAAGUCGCGAGUGGUGGCCUAGAUGAGAGCUUCCUCUGGCAGAAUGUUGCGAGUCAGCAGGUCAUGAGGCGAGUUGAAAAAUCUAUGAGGAGAUUUGGUACGGAUGGAGAUGGGGCCGUGCUUGGAGAGGGCGGCGAGUUUGAGACUCUGGUUGUGGAUGGACCGGCAUGUCUGUUCAAAGGUCGAAUUGAGGUUCUAGAGAAGGAUAGGAGGGUUGUCAGAGAAGGCGGUGGGUCAGCCUGGCUGAAAAUCUUGGAAGCUCGAGUGGUGAUGAAGGGCUCUGUGGGAGUCAUGGAGAAAGAGUGUCGAGUUCCCGAAUUGCUCGAGCCAAGGUUCACAAAGAUUCUCGCUGCGCUUGAGAGGGGGGGCAAUCAUAACAGCUCGCUAAAUUCAUGGAGUACACCGAACGGAUCCAGAGCAACUCCAUUUCUACCUUCACCAAUCCUCUCUCCUUGGCAAGCAAAAGCUCAUCACUUGCUUCACUGGAGCGUUACCGCGAAGAGAUCAGGUCCAGGCUCAGAUGAGUCCAUUUCCGUCCAGGCCAGUAGAGCCAUAGAAGAAAUCGCCCAGCGUCUCCAACUCGCAUCCCUCCAGCCAACAUCCAUCGUCGCAACAGUCAUCAUCCUCCGCUCGAUGCAAGACUUCGCUUCUGUAAACAAAAUCUACGGUUCCCUCUUCACCAAGCCCAACCCCCCUUCCCGCGUCACCAUCUCCAGCGGCUCCCUCCUCCCAGACGACACCUCCCUCAUCAUUCACCUCACACUCCACGACCCACCAGCUCCAUCUACCCACCCACGCAAAGCCCUGCACGUACAAUCGCGCUCCUAUUGGGCACCCGCCAACAUCGGCCCUUACUCACAAGCCAUCUCCGUUCCCGUGCUCCCCUCCCUCUCUUCCUCCUCUCCUCCCUCGUCACAAAACUCCACCGUCUUCAUCGCCGGCCAAAUCCCGCUCAUCCCUCACACCAUGACCCUCCCUCCCUGCUCACUCACAGAUACCCCCCACGCAACCGCCGACUUCAAUCUCCAAGCUGUCCUCUCCCUCCAACACCUCAUCCGCAUAGCGCAAGAAACACACGUCAAGUGGUUCACCUCCUGCGCCGCAUUUCUCCCCUCCGGCCCCCUCCACACCAUCGCAGCACAAGCGCGCAUCCUGAGCCAAGCUUGGAAAAUGCUGCACACGCCUGGCGAGCAAGGCGACGACGAGGAUGAGGAGGAGCAGGAUCGGGAUUUAUGGGAAGAGAAGCAUUACGCGGGGAUGGAAGUGCGCGGGGCGGGGAAAGCAGCGAGGAGCGUGCCGGACUGGGAGGUUCUCAGUAGCGUUCAUGAUUCUGAAGAGGAAGAGGAGAGGUGCCCGCCGUUCUGGAGCGUGGAGGUCGAGGAGCUGCCUCGGGGGGCUGGCGUGGAGUGGGCGGCUGGGUGGGGGGUCACGGGGGGGCCUGUAGAGCUCUCCUCAACAAGAAGCGAAGAAGGCUGGACCCUCCACCAAUGCACCUUACGCGAUCUCCCCCUCCUCGUAGCCAUCAUCACAAUCGAAUACUCGACGCAGAUUUCCCUCCUGCACGCCAGGAUGGGAAGCGUCUUCCAAGCCUUGGAGCUGGCGGGAGCAGCACAGAAGAAGUCGAUUUUCGCAGCCUAUAUAGAUGUGUCUGUGUCUGUGUCUCUCGAAGAAGGCGUGCUGCGCAGCAGUAACGGUAGAAGCGGCAUUGGUCGUGGUGCCGGAGGUAUCGGAGGUGCUAUCCCCUGCCGAAGUAUUUGGGGUGCCGAUGGGAGGAGGUUGGCAGCUGUGAUGCUUCUUGAUGGUGUCUGA